AUGUCGUUCAGACAAAUCGGCUUACGAGCCGGAAGUAGUCUCGCGCGUCCUGCGUUGAGCGCCGCACCGCGCCUCCGUGUGAACGCCGCCUCAAGACAGCUUUCCGCAACCACCGCUGCCCGGCGUGUUGUUUACGAGAACAAGAUUGCCAAGGUCAAGACCACCAAGCCCGGCAUCGAGUUCGAAGUUGGGCGCAACAGCCGAGCACGCCGGACGACACUGUAA